GAGUCAGUUGAGUUUCUUCAGCCCUUCUAAGAAGGUCGUAUACCAAAGUAGUAAUCAUUUUUUUACAAUAUAUUAUUAAGUUUAAUAAUUUCUACUUUUAUAUUGAAUUAUAUUCUUCAUUGUUUUCUACAUAAAUAUUGAAAAAAUAUUUAAUAAUUUUGAAACAUGGAGAAAAAUAUAAAGAAGGAAGUUAUAUUCUUAAGUAAAUGUUGCUGUUUUAGUCUUAAGACUGGGACUUUAGUGUUUUCUAUCAUUGACAUUAUAUUGAAUAUUGUGGCAGCUUGCAUAUGGAUAAUACUUUAUAAUACAAUAUAUAAUAAUGAUGACAAUACCGGAAACAAAGAACUAGCACCUGAUGCUGAUUUUGGUCGUUAUUUGAUCGGCAUUUUGAUCAUUAGGCAAAUUGCAGAAAUUUUUGUUAACUGCAGUGUGAUUUUCUGUUCACACAAGAAAUCCGUUUAUGGUGCCGUGAUGGCAGACUUGAUCUCUUUCAAGAAGACCUUGUUAGCUGGAUCAAUAUUAUUGGGUUGGAUUUGUAUUGUCGGAAGCUUUUAUGUUUCUGUAGGUUUCGGAUUAUUGAUUUUAAUCAGUGGACAUUUAUACUUAACUGGUUGUUUUUACGCUUGGUUAGUAAUUUACAAUCGAUUCAGAGAAAUACAAAAUGAAGAAAAGCUUCCCAUUACUUACAAUCCGUGAAGCAUAAAUAUAUAUUGAAUAUUUACCAAUAAGUUUAUAUGGUAGCAUGGGGUCCAAAAUGUACCCGAAAUCUUCAACUUCAAAUUUCUGUACCUCAACCUUCAAAUUUUAAGCUCAAAAAAUCUGAAUAGCUAUAUAUACUAAGACAUACAUUCUUGCGCCUCAUUUCCUAAAAUACAUAAGUAUAUUUUUUAUACGGAUCAACUCUGAUGUUUCACAAAAAAAUUUAAUUUAUAAAAAUUUAAAACUAAAACAAUUAUGUUCAUUUUUAUUCAAAUUUAUGUUCGAAUUCGAAUGGCAAACGUAAGUUUUCAGUAAAACAUAUUUGUUGUUAAAUUCAAACCAACAUAUUUCAAAUAACUGUAACAUAAAAAACACCCUGUUUAAAAAUAUUGAUUGAAAAGGAUUAAAAGUGAUGAAAUUCAAAUUCUUUUCAAUAAUUUCAAUUGAUUUCAAUUUUUUUGUUUGUAUAUAUACAUAUACAGUUUGCAUGGAGUGACCGCUUCUCAAUUCUUUUCAAUCAAUAUUUUUAAUCAGGGCAGAUACUGCUACAAAACGACGUGGUUUAACAUAUAGGCAAGGCUGCCCGGGAAAAAAUGUUUUAAUAAAAUUUUAGAAAAUUGUAUAAAACUUUAUUUUUUACUGUUUUACUUUUGUUAGUCCACGGAGCUUAAGCAAGUUACAUACCAUCGGAUAGAGAAUUUAAUAAGAAUUAAUAUUAAUACUUAUUGGCAGGGAGCGUGACGAAAACGACAUCUGAUGGCGACAAAAAUCAUGCUCGAGAAUUAUAAAAGAUAUAUAAAAUCAGUGUAAAAAAUAAAAAUUCGUUAUAAAAUCAAAAUAUAAAAAUUUAUAAUGAUAUAAAUAAAAAAGUGUAAUUGUAUUUUUGAUAGAGAAAAUUAAAUUGAAUAUAUCUCGAUAAAAAAAUUAAGUAUAAAAAAUUUUAAUAAAUAAUAAACACUAUUAUUUUAGAAUAGAAUAAGGUUAACCCUCGCGGACUCGGGAUUACUCCGAAAUCAUGGUGAAAUUCCGGUGAAAUCAUAGUGGAAAGAUAGUGAACCCAUAGUGAAAUGACAGUGAAAUCACUGUAACUUUGUGCCAUUUGCUUACUGUGUGAUAAUUAUCAUCCGAUGGUAAUUUUAUGAUGAUUUCACCAUCGAUUCAUAGUAGAAUCACAAUAGCAUAACAGUCAAUUUACAGUAGUAUAGCUGUAAGUUGACAGUAGUCUCACUGUGUAUUUACAGUGAUUUCACUAUCAGUUUAUGCUGGAUCUGCAGUGCUUCAGUCAUGCUUUCUCAGUAAUAAUACCGUGAUCAUACAGUGAUUUCACAGCAGUCUUACUAUAGAUUCUUCGUGAAAUCACAAUAAUAUCGCUGUGAAUUGACAGUAAUAUUACUGUGAUUUCUUAAUCAUUUAAUCCUGGAUCUGCUUAGUUUUCAUCGAGAUUUAGGGGCAAUAUUGAGAUCCUAUAUUUAUUGAUUCAAAGAUAAUAAUAAUAAAAUUAAUAAUAAUAUUAUAAUAGCAACAAUAAUCCUAAUCUUGGUUUUUCAAUAAAUAAUUUUUCUUGUUUAAAAAAAUUAUUUAUUAUCCCUUUGUAUGACUUCAUGUAAUUCCUCUGGAGAAUUAAAUGCUAUUUUUUACCCUCGGUAAAGAAGGAAUUUUAUUUUUUUUUUACGUACGAUGGGACUCGAACUGCCGACCCUUCGAUUGAAGAGCAGCUUAAGUCAUGUACUUUAGCCCACUCGGCCACCACACGCAUUCGGAACUAAAUAUUUAAUCUGUUACUUGAUGCUAUUCAAUACUAUAUAUACUCAAGACUAAGUUAUAAGAAAAAUUAUUUUAUUAAAUACUAUAAAAUUAAAAGAAUACGAUAUUCAUAAA